UACAGAUUUAUCAGUCAGUCACGUAUCACAAUAAAAGUUUUAGACGAAACUGAAGAAUAACCAACUAUUAUAAAGAAUAAAAAUGUUUUAUGUUGUUCAUGUUGACAAUUGGUUUCAAUCUAUCCCAGAAAACUGAUUAGAUAAAGAAAAAAAAAUUGUCUAUUGGCCUACUGAAAAAAUUCCAUAAUUACAACAUGGAUAAAAAAACAAAUACCAUAUAAAUCUGAAUGGACAAAAUACGAUUAUGCUUGUUUGUUUGGACCAUUUGAAAAUUAUCAGGAGUGCAAAAUUUUCGAAAAGCAAUGCACAGGAUAUUCUUCCCAAGACGAAAUAUUAUACGACAAAUUCACAAAAAAUAAUGAGCUGUCCCAAAAGCGAUCUCGAAAAAAAAAUUUGACCAAACUGAAGAUGAACAAAUCUCCUCAGAAUCUGAAAAUGAUAAACAAGCAAAAAAAAUCUAAAAUUAUUAGUAUAGCAAAAUUACAACCGUUGCCAUCAAAAUUGGAUCAUAUUGUCAUGGAGACAUUAGGUUCAGGAACUACUGUAUCAAAAUCAAACCAAUUUGCAUCAACAUCUGAUAAUGCCAUAGAUAAUGAAGCUUCCGAAUUUAUUAAUAAUGCUACAAAGAAAAUUUGUGACAAAAAUAUACCAACUAUUAUACCAACAACAUCAAAACAAUCAACAACAAUCUCUGAUAAUGUCAGUCAUAAUGAAACUUCUAAAUAUAGUAAUAUUAUAACAAACAAAACUUCUGACACAAUUUAUGAAGAUGAUAAUGAUGAUGAUUUUGAUUUGGAAAACCCAGCAGCAGAAUUGCCUGUACACACUAAACCGAUUAUCAUUUCACUUGAUGCCAGGAAUAAUCCAAUUGACGUUAAUGAAAAUGACAUAAACAUUUCCAUCAUUUGUAAAGGUACAUCACAAACAGUUUUGAUGAAUAAAAGGACAUCAAAGACCACAAGAAGUGUCAACAAUAUAAUUGCGAACAGAUGCAAUUGUUGUCCUUGCAUAAACAAGAUAAAUAGGAAAUUGGAUAUAAUAAUACAGCAUAUAUUACAAUCAAAAAAUAGAAACGAAGGAAAUAAUAAUACACAAUUGGAAAAUGUUGAAUUUUGCCAAUUACAAACAAAAGAAUUGAUGCAUUAGAAUUUGAUGCAUUAGAAAAAUCACUUGCGGAAGAUGCAAAGAAACGAAAACAAUUAAUAAGUAUAAAUACAAUUUUUAUAUGUGUUAAAUCUAUCGAAAGCGGACUUUGUCAAACACGUGUUAUUUACAAGUGUGUUAUAUACAUGUGUUGUCAACAGAGUAAUGACAGAAUCAACUUCUUAUAAUGAUUGUCAUAAUAAAAUUAUUUAAGAACAAAAAUGAAGCAAAUUUCAAUGUGACUUGAUCAACAACCAUCAAAUGCAUUAAAUUUCUAGCAUUAAUUGAAGUAUAACAAACACAUUAUUAUAAUAAUGAUA